AUGCCGGAAGAUUUCAGAUUGGCUAAGGGACGCAAUGCACUUCCCAAUCGUAUUAAAGAUGAACAAGAGGAGCUUAAAAAAGAUUUUGCAAAAGAAACUGUAGUCGUCGAGCAGAGAGCAAAAGAAGAAGAACGAGAGAAUUUGAUAGCCAAUCUGCCUUUGGACAUACUAACACUUGUUUGGGAACGCCUUUUUUUAUUUGAUUAUAUAUGCUUUCGUCGAGUUUGCAAGAAUUUUCGGUCGAUGACUCCUCCACUCCACUGGACAACCAAUGGCAUCGAGUCAUUACACAGAACAAUCCUUUUCUCCAAGGAUGGAUGGCUGCUUAUGUCGAAUGGCGCAAACGGUGUUUUUUGCUUCAAUCCUUUCAAAAAGAUUAUUCACCGUCUUCCUGACAUCACUCAAAACGGUUUCUUGCUUAGUAUGGGCUUUUCACAUCCACCAACCUCCUCCAAAUGCUCGUUCAUUGGUAUUGCAGAUCGCAUGGAACAAGGCCACCCUAUCUAUCAUUUUCGUAUGGAGGAGAAAAAUUGGAAUCAUUAUCGCAUAGUCAUUGAUAAAGAUUUUAUUCCAGGUAACAACCCUCCGGUUUUUCAAGAUGACUUUUUCUAUUUCCUAGAUAAAAGAGGGAGAUUGGCAACAUGUAGAAUUAAAGAAGAUAGAUGUUUGUGGGAGGUUCUUACAGAACCUCAUAGCCCUUACUUAAAUUCUGAGAAUAACUAUCUUCUAGAAUGUGAUAACGAGAUUUUCUCUGUUUUUGUGGGUCGAUCCGGACGAAAUGUGCUAGUUUUUUGA